AUGACGAAGCAGCGGCAUGCUCCUUCGGAGCUCCCCGCUUCCACCAAAUUCGGGGAUGAGGUGGUCUCCAAGGUGCUGCUGCUGGCUCGCUGGCGCUGCAAAGCCCGCAAGCACCUGGAUGACCGGGGGUUCUCCAUGGCAGCCCGGAGGCCCUGGCUCGCGCGGUUUCAGGAGGUUUCGGAGCGAAGCGGCUGCGUGCUGGGUGCGGCUAUGGAGCACGACGGCAUCAAGCCCCAUGUUGAGAUGAUACUCAAGGUCACCCACGCGGAACAAGACAGGCGACUGGACUUGGCUGCUGAGCAGCAUGCUAAGGAGCUCACCUCCAUGGACGUCAUCCAGCAAAGAGUGAAGAGGGCCAUGAGGGGCGUGCGGAUGUGGACGCUGAACGGCAAUGGCUGCAAGGUGGCGUCGGACGAGGAGGACGUCAGUGUCCGCGGAGGCCGCCGCCUGUCCAGUGUCCCGGGGGAGAGCCGGGACUGCGGUGUGCCUGGCGGCGGCGGUGCGGCGGUCAGGUGGGGGGCCGUGAAUGUGCAGGGCGGCGGGGUGGGGGNGCCGCUGGAAGCGGUGGGAGCCGCCGCCGCCGCCGCCACCGCUGGCGGCCCGAAGGCUGAAUUGUGGUCAUCGCCGCCGGCGGUCAUGACGGGGCCGUCAGAAGCGGCGGCGAAGGAUCAUGCACGGGGCGCUCCCGUUGCGGCGAUGGCGGAUGGCGGAGCGUUGCCGCCGCCGCAUCAGGCGCCGCCGCCGCCACCGCCACCACAGCGGCAGAGCGCUCACGGAGCGGAUUUUGGCCGCUCCCCCCUGGUUGUUGUACGAGAGGAGGAUGACGUACCCAGGCCGUUGCUAUCCCGAUCUUCGCCGCUGCCGCUGGCGCCGUCGCCGCCACCGCCGCCUCCGCCGCUGCCUCGUCAGUCCGCACCCACUGGCCAGUCUGAUAACAUUUGCCUUUUUCCGCCUUUCUGUCAGUUCUACGUCUGGCCCGACUGCAGCGACCUCCUAGCUGCCGGUCUGGAUGUAUGUCUGGGCUCGGCGGCGGCGGGAGGGGCUUCCGCACCGCCCUGGAGCCAUCCGCUAGCUGCGGCCAACACUACAGCCGCCGCCAACACCACCUCCGGCGAGUCCAGCAGCAGCAUCAGCGGCAGCGGCGGCGGCGGGCCUAAUCGGGCGACCCACGGGUCGUCACUGCUGGCGGCGCCACAGGAGGUUUCGGGGCCGCCAUCAGCGCCUUGUACGGCGGUGGCGGCGGCGGCAGCUGUACCACUGGAGGCUCAGUCCCGCAGAGCCACCGCCCACUUGCCUCCCGGAUCACAACCCCGGAUAGACCCCACCCGGUACCGCACGGUACGGCGGUCACAUGAUCUAAUGUAUUACAAUUACAUGAUCUGGCGGCCGAUACACCCAUACCCUAUGUCAUACGGGCGGAAGGUGACAGAACGAAGCCUAACCAUGACCAGACGCGGCCGGCGAGUGGAGGUGCCGGAUCCCACAUCGCCGCCGCCGCCGCCGUCGGAGCUAGGUGCCAGGCUGUUGGGAGCGGCAUCUUUGACGGCGGCGGCGGCGGCGACCUCCCCAAAUAAUAAGGGAUCCGCCAAAUUGCUGGGUAAAGCGGCCGCUGGCGGCGGUGCCGCCGCCGCCGCCGCUGCGGCCGGGCACGGCGGUGGUGGCGGCGGCGGUGGUGGUGGUCGUGGAGCUCUCAGCGUGCGGAUCAGCGCGGUUGAGAGCCUCGGUCGCAGCGGUGGCGGCGGCGGCGGCGGCCCUUCGCAUACCGGCCUGCCCAGUGGGGAAUGCGAGGGUGUCACCUUGCGGCCGUCACCGAGCUUGGCCAUGGUGGAUGCGGCGCUGUUCUGGAACUCGGAACUGGCUGCUGCUGCUGCUGCUGCCGCUGGUGGCGGGAGCAGCGGCGCCACGACCCCGUUCCACAGGGCCGGCACUCUGACCAGAAUACAUCUGUUACGUCCGCCGCCGCCGCAGCUGCUGCAUCCGGCCCCCGCCGCGUCACCCGACCUCGUGGUGCUAUCCGCGAAGUCGCUUAAACAGGACGGUGGCGCCGCCGCCGCCGGCACUAUGCGCCAGGCACGCAGCGAGAGCAGUGUCAGUGGCGGCGUUGGCAUGGAUGGUGAGGGUGGUAGGGUCCCGGGCGACGUCGACGGCGGCGGGAACGGCGAAGACCUGGUAUCCACAUCUCCGGUGUCGCAAGUGGCCCCCGAGCUGCUAGCCUCCGGCUCCUUUCGCAGCCCGGCGGACGGCAGGCAGACCACCUGGCCUGGUGCCGUACCGCCCUCCGGCUCUGAGAACCCCGUUAAGGGUAGCGGCCACCCCGCGGCAGCGCACCUGCCGCAUCUGGAGACGCCGCUGUCGCCGUCGCUCGCCAGGGCGACCGCCGCCGCCGCCGCUGCCGCCGCCGCCGCAGCUUAUGGCAAUGUCCAGCAGCUUCAGCCUCCGUCGCAUCGGUUGUUACAGCCGCUGCAGGGCACGGCGUCGGCGGCGUCAGCCGCUACCGUUGCCGCCGCGGCGGGGCUCCCUGCCGUACCUGCCAGCCCGGUAACUUUCGCCUCUCCCACAGCAGCGGCGGCGACGGCGACUGUGGCGGCGGCAGCGGCAGCCCGCGGCGGCGGCGUCAGCUUUGGCGGGCUCACUGCUACUGCCGCCGCCGCCGCGACGCCGCUACGCUUCGGCGGCCUGGCGUCGCCGUCGCGUGUGGUCAUGACGGUUCCGGACAGCCCGUUUCGCCCCCUUGAGCGACCUCCCCGGGGGGCAGGGGCAGGGGGAGGGGGAGGGGGAGGGGGGGCGCUUCGGCGGCAGAUCAGCAGCGUCAGUGAAGCGGAGGGCUGGGGGGGGAUGGCCAGCAGUCCGGCGGCGGGGUCUCCGCUCGCAUCGCGUUCAUAUCGGCAUGCGGAGACCGAAGACGCGUCUCUGGGCGCCUUCCCGGCGGUACGGCGCUCGGUAGCCGCCACCGGCAGCCGCAGUGCCAAGUCCCUAAGUUCCUUGCCGCUAGCCACCGCCCUGCAACCACCUCCACAACCUCCCGCACAUGGGGCGCUAGCCCAACACCAGCUGCUGCGUCCUGGCGGCGGCGGCGGUGGUGGCGGCGGCGGCGGCAGCGGCUCCUGCUCGUUGGUUCGGCCGCCGCCGCACCUGGCCAGCACCUCUGCGAAGGCCCUGGGCGCGGCAUCGUCGUCGUUGUCGUCGUUGUCGGGUUCAUUGGCGACGGGCGAGAGCUACGGCGGCGGCGCAGGGCUUCCUCCCCCCCCUUCUUCACUGGCGGAGCCCUGUCUGCCCCCGGGCCGCGGUGGCCAGGACGACGAGGUUCCCCCGCCGAGCGGGGAGGCAGGGGGGCCGCUGCGGGACUCCGACCGCUCCGUCGUCAACUCGUCCGGUCGGGCCGGGUCAGGUCCGUUGCCUAGGACAGUGCUCCUUCCUGAGCUCAAGAGUACGGGCACGGCGGCGGCGGCCGGCGACGCGGCGGCGGCGUCGCUGUCGAGACGGAGUCAGGAACCGACGGCGGGUGGCGGCAUCGGCAGUGGCGGCAUCAGCAGGCUUCUACCUGAUAUCCCCGGUAGCUUAGCUGCGGCGCCGCAGGCAGUUGCUGUCGGCGCUUUGCGGGGGCAUUGA